AGUGCUCGCCGUGCUCGGUUUGCUCCGAAAUCACGUGACUGAAGCUCGACGCCGACGUCUGCUCGCUCGCGUCUACAACGCAGCAGAUAUCGAGUUACAGGAUCGCGCUGAUCUUUGUCUUCUGAAUGCAGUCAAUCUUUACGUGAGAAAAGGAGAUACAUGUUAAGGAGUUUUUUAAAAAUUUUAUUUCGCUGCUUUAUUUAAUGUAUAUUAAUAUCUAAUAUUCAAUACCCACCAAAAAUGAGCAAACGAACGCAAGCAAGUGAGAGCGAUAUCUUAAAAAUAGGCCGAGUUUUGAACGACACUGCCAGGCCUUUGAAGGAGAGAUUCCGUGCCUUAUUCACUCUGAGGAACGUGGGUGGUGCAACAGCGAUAGAGCAGAUCCAUGCUUGUUUCAAGGAUCAAUCAGCGCUGUUAAAACAUGAGCUUGCGUAUUGCCUGGGACAAAUGCGGGAUCCUGCGGCCAUUAAGAUCUUAACUGGUGUCCUGGAGGAUCUAAAGCAGGAACCGAUAGUACGCCACGAGGCAGGAGAGGCAUUGGGUGCUAUCGGUGACCCAAGUGUAAUCCCGUUGUUGAAAAAAUACCGUGACGAUCCCUCGCCUGAAGUAGCGGAAACUUGUGAGCUGGCUUUAGAUCGGAUCAACUGGCUGCGAUGCAAUAAAAGAAGGGACUUUCCAAACAAAUAUUCAACUGUCGAUCCCGCACCACCAAUGGACAGACUGGAAGUGAUAGAAAGAAUGCGAGAAAUGGAAAGUACGGGAAAAAUGGAAAAAACGCGAAAACAAAUGGGAAAAAUGAAAGUUAUUACAAACGACGUUUGUUUCUUAAAAACUAUUUUAUUGGAUGAGAAUGACUCACUGUUUAACAGAUACAAGGCGAUGUUCUUACUGAGAGAUAUGGACACUCAGAAAAGCGUUCAGGCACUCACUAAAGGUUUGAAAGCCGGCAGUGCUCUGCUCAGGCAUGAAGUAGCAUUUGUGUUAGGACAACUUCAAAACAAAUCAACUAUAUCGGCACUGCGGGCGUCAUUGGAGAACACGGAGGAGCAUGAGAUGGUCAGGCACGAAUGUGCGGAGGCACUGGGAGCUAUUGCCACUCCCGAAUGCUAUGCGAUAUUGAAAAAAUAUCUCGAUGACGAUAAAAGAGUCGUACUUGAGAGCUGCAUCGUCGCUCUGGAUAUGUGUGACUACGAGAACAGCACGGAGUUUCAAUAUGCGGACACCUUGGCCAAUCUCGCUACCGCGUAACAGCUUUGUGACGUUAUCGAAAUAUGCAUCUGCGUUGUAACAUAGUUCUUGACCAAAGCAAAGAGAAAUGCCAGUUAUUCUCAAUUCUUAUACGUAUAUGUGACAAUAUAAUUGUAUAAGUUUAUAUCUGGUAUGAAGUUAAGAAGAAAAUUACAUUCCUUAUUUUAAAUAUA